AUGUCCCUGAAGAUCCUGUCCAUCACCGUCCUCCUGUUCAUGGGGUCCCUUGUGUCCUCUGCAGCCAGCCUGGAGAAACGCUGUAAGUACAAAGUUAGAAAUGCUGUUUAGAAAACUAAUUUCUUACUUUAGUCUUACAGAUGUUAAUUUUUUUUAUUCUUUUGUAUCUGCCUCUCUGUAAAUUUGUACUGAUUUAAAUCCUUUUAAUCCCCUUUAGAAACUCAUAUUUACAGACUUAUUUUUACGUCUGUUUCUACGUCCACUUUUCUGUUUUAACUUAAUUAACUUAUCAAAAACAAUAUUGAGGAGAUUUUCCUUUUUAUAAAAGGUAUUCCACAGCUGCCUUUCAUUAAAGGGUAAAAAACUUAAAAUUUUAAUUUACAUAAUAAGAAAUGAGUUGUUUUAGCUUCAUCUUUGUUUCUGUUCUGAUUUAAAAAGUGAAAUAACUUUUGGGGAUUUUUCAUUUUUAAUGGUUAAUACUUGGCAAAUGGACGAUUAAACUAGAGAUCAAGAGGAAAUUUUUAAAAAUAUUUGAUAAAAACAUCUUGUUUCUAUAACAAGUGAGUUGCGUUUACUCUUGCAGCUAUAAACUACAUAAGAUUUUGAGAUAUGGGGGAUGUGUUAUAGCUCUGGAUUUUAUCUCUUAGGAAGCACAUAAGUUGCCAGAUCUUGUUCAAGGGAGGACAACACUAAAAAUGACUUUGUGACAAGACCUUUAACGAGGAUCCAAUGAAGGCGUCAUAAUGUCAAAGCUAGUUUCUUUGAAACCUCAUGUGUGUGUUGGUUUAUUGCAGGGAGAGGCUUGGUAAUUGAAGUCUGCUGUUAUUUUGCUAAGCCGUACACUGACCAACCGAUCGUAGAGUGCAUCAAACAGAAACCAACGGGGGACUGCUACUCAGAUAACUUUGCGUAAGUACAGCAAACUGGCCUCAGUAAUACAAUUAAUGUGUAAACCGUCAACAGAAGGGAAAUAAGAAAGCGAGAAAGAGAAAGCAGCAGGGUAAAAUCAUCGGAAUGUCAAAUUAACAGUUUCAAUUUUGUUUCCAGGGUCAAAGAGGAGAGUGGCAACUGGCAAUGUAUCAAAUCUGACUCGCUGUGGAUGAAACAGCAAAUACAGCAGGUAAGAAUGAGUUUAUUACACAUAAGUUACUUUGUCACACCCUACCUGAGAAAUGACUGAGGUUAGCACAUUCAGUAAAAUGACACUUUUGUCCACCAUCUUAAAACCUGCACAGAUACAGUCUUUGUUAACUGUUACAACAGCAAACUGUAUAAAAUCACAAACAACAUAAAAGCUCAAGUUCAGAGAAAGCACUUAAACCAAUUUUUGUCUUUUUCUCUCUUCUCCACAGGGUAAAGUCAGCUGUUCAGAAGAACCUGUUUACUAG